CGGGACUAAUGACGGCGACAUGCAUGUUAUUAACCCUAAGACGUCGAGGUUUGAGAGCCGUUUGCUUUUCUUGCUGGUUGCUGAGGCGCUACUAGACCCAUGUUCCCCUUGCAUAGUGUGUUCUAUCUUCCCUAAGGUUGACAUCCCACGCGGUAAGGUAGCUCAGCCAGGGACAAAUGCAGAGAUAUAAGAUGGACGUGUUGGCGUCUCUCACUUCAAGAUUGAGAGGGGACAAGGCACACUGAGUAACAUCUUCAUUCUUCGUUCUUUCACUUGCUCUCAAGGUCUCUUGUCGUUUUCGACCACGAGUAUCACAGUCACUACAACACCACACUCACUCACUCAUUCUUUCAAGAUGAAGUGCUACAUUGUUGCUGCUUUCGCUGCCGCGGCUGCGGCCCUCCCCGAGGUUGCCAACCUGGCUGGUCGUCAAGGCGGCUGCAAUGCUGACAACUGCCUCCGCGCCGUGCGGGCAACUCGAUUCGGAACUGCCACCAUGGAGCUUCGCAUGGCAGAGUGCAGCUCGUUCCUCGCCGUGACCCAGAUUCCGGCCACCUCCACCGUCUACAUCACGGAGAGCAGCAUCCAGACCAUCACGGCCAACGCUACCAAGACCAUCUUCCAACGCCAGGCAGCCGAGACUCCCAUCUCCGCCACCAAGGCCAUCCCGGCCUACGCUUCCGCCUGCGUCGACGAGAGCCGCUACAGCUCCGCCUGCUCCUGCUUCGGUGCCACAGCCGCCACGACCAACGCGCCGACCCCCAUCGUCACCUCGACUGUCACCUUCGUCUCUACCACCACCCUCGCUCCCUUCGUCAAUGUCACUCGCCCGGCUCUUGAGUGCAGCAACACGUGGAGCUGCGGCGACCGCGUCAUUCCCGUCUGCUCCAGCGAGAACGGUUGCGUCUGUUUCCAGACCGUCGAGGGCCGCAAGGUUUGCGCCCAGCCCAAUGACUGCAGCCCGUCCUGCGACACUACCAACGACUGCAGCAACGGCGAGGUUUGCAUCAAGCAGAGCUGCUGCUCCGGCGGUACCUGCAUGAAGGUCGACGUCUGCCUCAACCAGGUCUUGCCCAAGAUGAUGUUCAAGCGACGCAACGCCGCUUGGGUCAAGAAGGAGGUUCGUGGCGACCUGCACCACCUCAGCUUGGUUCCCCACGACGCUGAGAUUGAGAAGCUUGAGUAAUUUUGGCUUGCCAUACGCAACAAUCAGGAAGGUUGAUUGGGUGGUCCGGGAGAUGUUUGGCACACCCUUGUACAUACAUGAGAAAACGAAAUACCCUUCAUAGACUUGCAGUUACCGAAAAACUCUGUUUCCGCCCGCACUGGCGGCCUUCGGGGUUUCUUUUUCCAAGCAAAUGAUCAAGAGACAUUUUGACU